UGAGGCUGAAGGAGGGGGUGCAUGGUUUGCUGACUAUGAUUAGCUGAAAGGAUCCUGACCAGAGCUCAAAAUCAACCACCUUUAAUUCUUAGUGCUUCCCAUGGACAAAUACGGAUUGAGAAGCCCAAUAAUCUGACUCAGAACAACGUUUUGGACCAGCAGUUCAGUGUUCCGUCUGUUACAGUAACACUAUUCUUGCAAAACUUUAAUUGAAAGCCUAAAACACCAGGUGGAAUGGACUUCUCAAAUACUUCGAACCUCAACAGCACUGUGAAAUCACAGACUGUUUUCUGCUACGAGUCUUUGAGUGGAUCGUGUGUGAGGUUUGCUCGACCCCUGAGCGUUCAGGUUCCGAUGUUCACAUCGAUGGUGUUGGCCAUACUGGUGACUGUUAUUGGGAACCUUCUGGUCAUCACCUCCAUUGCACACUUCAAGCAGCUUCAAACCUCCGUAAACCAACUGCUCGUCUCCUUGGCUGUGUGUGACCUCCUUCUGGGAGUGUUUGUAAUGCCGUGCAGUGCUGUGCGCUCUGUCCAGGGCUGUUGGUACCUAGGAGGGUUUCUGUGUAAGCUCCACACCAGCACUGAUAUUAUGCUGAGCACAUCCUCCAUCUUCCAUCUAUCCUUCAUCUCCAUUGAUCGUUACUUUGCUGUCUGCAGGCCACUGUCGUACAGACUGAUCAUCACCAAUAACACUGUAUUGUUCAUGAUCACCACCAGUUGGCUGGUCCCUGCCAUUUUUGCUUAUGGAAUGAUCUUCCCUGAGAUCAAUCUGAAAGGCAAGGAGGAUUUCUAUGAAACACAUGUCAAGUGCAUUGGAGGCUGUCAGGUGUUCUUUAGUCCAGUGGCAGCUUUAGUAGCAUCCUCCUUCUGUUUUUACAUCCCAGGCAUGAUCUUGAUUUGUAUAUAUUCCAAGAUAUAUUGGGUUGCCAGGGCUCAGGCCAGGUCCAUUAAAGAUUUAUCUCGUCAGUUUAAAGAGGCAGACUCUGGACGUAGAGAGAGACGAGGGGCAAAUAUUCUGGCAAUAGUAGUGGGAGUGUUUCUAAUCUGCUGGAGUCCCUUUUCCUUGUGCCUCAUCAUUGACCCUUUCAUACAGUACUCCAUCCCCCCGCUGUUGGGGGACACCCUGGUUUGGUUUGGAUAUUUGAACUCUGCUUUUAACCCUAUUGUCUAUGCUUUCUUUUACACUUGGUUCAGGAGGGCUUUGAGAAUCAUCAUCAGUGGUCACAUCUUUCACAGAGGUUCUUGUAGAUUUAGAUUGUAUUCUGAGUAAAGUUUCAGUAGACAUUGUAUGAUGUGUGUUCAAAUAAAUAUAUGAAUUAGGAUGGGAUGUAACAUGUGACAGUUAUGCAACUGAAAGAUAAAGGUAGAGUGAAAAUGUAACUGAAGAUGCUUUUAACCUGUUUCAUAUAAAGCUGUUUGCCUGAAAUAAAUGUGUUUCAAUGCUUGUGACACUUGUGCCUGUCACCUUGUUGAAUAGUGUUCUUUGUCUCCUCCUAGUGCCGGAACAGUAAUUCUGUGGCCCACCUGAAUUUCUUUGAACUGUUAUUUUAC